UGUGAAAUAAUUACAGUUCAAUUUGUGUAUUUUAUUUGUAAACAAUUACAAAAAAACAAAAACAACAUUUCCAAAAAUGAAAUCGGUUUUAGUAUUUUUCGCUGUAGCCCUUGUUGCUAAUAUUGUAUUAGCACGUCCACAAGGACAAGAUAAGGAUGUACAAAUCUUACGUUAUGAAAAUGACAAUAUUGGUGUUGGUGGAUACAAUUUCUUAUACGAAUUAUCCGAUGGACAAAGUCGAGAAGAAACUGGUGAAUUAAAGAAUGCUGGUACAGAAAAUGAAGCUGUUGUUGUACGAGGAUCAUAUAAAUAUACCGCUCCCGAUGGUAAAGUGAUCACUGUCACAUAUAUUGCUGAUGAAAAUGGUUUUCAACCACAAGUUUCAAAAGCCUAAAUUAAUUAAUUUUGAAUAGUAUUAUAUGCAUUGA